UUAAAUCGAAGAAAAAACUCUUGUCUCUAUACCCAUAUUGAAAACAAAAAGAAGAAGAUAAACGAUGUUAAAAACUACAAUAUUCAUACAAGAUAUGGUUUGCGGACGUGCAUGACGUGCGGUAUGUUCAAUUUUUUAUUUGUUCGAUGUUCGAAGGCCGCUUACGCAUUUCGUUCAUUUCUAUCGUGGUGAUUGCACGUGUUGGUUGGAGGGUACGCAGUGAUUUUGAAAUAUAAAAACAUUUUGCAUUAUGGGUGAAGAAAGCGAUAAAACCGCUGGCACUGGUGCUUUGAUUGUUGAAAAGGAACUGGUUGAAGCGCCUGCUGAAGAUGGAAAGACCGCUGAGGUAGAAAAGGUUUCUGAUAUUGUCGCGACAGACGCUGCAGGUGCUCCAUCUAAACUCGAGCAUGAUAUCAUACGACAAGUCGAAUAUUAUUUUGGAGACGCCAACUUGAAUCGAGAUAAGUUUCUUUUGACGCAAAUCGAGAAGGACGAGAAUGGAUGGGUUCCGUUUUCCGUACUUAUUACCUUUAAGCGGCUUGCAUCAUUAACCGAAGAUAUUGAAGUAAUAGUGAAUGCUUUAAUGAAAUCAGAUGAAGGUUUGAUUGAAAUCAGUGAUGAUAAAAAAAAGAUUCGCCGCCACCCAGAGCGCCCAAUUCCAGAAUAUAACGAGGAGCGACGUAAAGAUGUUAUGGCACGCACAGCAUAUGCUAAAGGCUUUCCUUUGGAUAUGGAAAUGAGUGAUCUCUUAUCUUUUUUCUCUGAUUUUGACACUGUUGUUAAUGUAGUUAUGAGAAAAUAUCUCGAUAAGGCUUCGAAAACCUAUAAAUUUAAGGGAAGCAUUUUCGUUACAUUUGAGCAACGUGAGCAGGCGGAAGAAUUUAUCAACAAGGAUAGGGUUGUGUGCAAGGAGCGUGAAAUAAUACGUUUGUGGCAAGACAAGUAUUUGGAUGACAAGAAAAAAGAACCGAAAUUGAAGAAAGGAAAAAAACAAGCUGCCGAGGAAGUAUUGAAAUUGCCAAAAGGCGCUGUGGUGCAUUUCCAAGACGUGACUGAUGAAGUUACGCGUGAAAUGCUUCGAUGGGGGGUAGAAGAUAUAAGCGGUGGUGAUUUUGAAGUUGCUUAUGUAUGCUUUUCAAAAGGUGAUAAGGACGGUCAUAUCCGUUUUAAAGAAGAAAAUGCUGCUUGUAAGUUCGUCGAAAAACUUCAGGAUAACAAGUUAAAAUUAAAAAAUGGGGAUGAGUUGACAAUUCGAUUGCUACGUGACGAAGAGGAAACUGAAUAUCUAAAUAAGGCAGCGGACGAAAUGUCCACUCGACGUAAAACGCAGAAGAAUAAAGGUGGUCGAAAGCGUCGAGGAUUUGGUUACAACGGAAAUGAUAGGUCUGGCGCCAAAAAACCUCGAAAUGAAUAAAAAGAAAAUUUCCUGAAUACAUCAUAUUGUAUAUGUUGAAUUUGGUGUAAACUAAACUGUUUUUAUUUACAUUCGAAUUAAGUUGAUUAUUUAAGUUUUGAUUAUAAACAUGAAUUUUAAUCAUUAAUAAUUAUUACCAAACUUUCAAUAUUUAAAUACGAAAUGUAUCUUUUUUUUUUAAUUUCCACUUUUGUUUAAGAAUAAACAUAAGGACCUUUAUACUAAGAGA